CACAAGAACAUUUCCUACCCUUUCUUCUAGACCCUUUCUUAACUAAACCCUAAUUUUAUUCCAGCCGCACACACAUUCACCCUCUCUUCUCUCUGUACUCUCCAUUGAAACACAUCUCAAUCACCUAAAAGACAAAUACCCCCUAACGAUUCAUUGAGGUAUCAUCCUUCAAACCUUUUACGUCAUCCUUCCUUUGCUAAUCUGCUAAUAAUCUUCUAUUUGAAACCCUAGCGCGCGCGCACACACACACACUCUCUCGACUUUCUUCGGCCAUGUCAUCCCGGCGGCUCAUCGCCAACCUCAUCUGCUCCAACCUCCAUUGUUCCCCGUCCGGAUCUCCGUUCACUCACCCAUAGAUAAACAGAGAGAGAAACAAACCCACCCCCAAAAAUCAUUCCUUUUGAAGAUCUUGAUCGACAAAAACGGUGUGUGUUGUUGGUGUGUGUAAACUACAAUUGGGUUUGCCAUUGUUACCGGUAAAGAAUCAAGAUUUUUACAAAUAUGCAAAAGAAAAGAAAAGAUGGAGGAAGUUCGAUAAAGCUCCUGAUCCUUAUAAGCUCCCUACGUCAUCGAUUCUAAAGAUGCAGUCAUCGAUUCUACCGAGAGGCCACAAUUGCCGCGAGCAAACAUAUUAAUGACGAGGAACGCGUUUUUGUUAUGCUACUGAUACUUGUACUUGCUCUGCUAUUCUGCCCCAUCCUCCUGGCUGAGGAAGAGUUACGGGCGCGUAAAACAAAAAAAUACGCUGAUGGGGGACGGGCAUACUAUGUGUAAUGCUUCACUCAUUUACGAUAAAUAAUAAAGAAAAAGGCCAUUCCAUUUCGACAAAAGACCCACACCCAAGUUCCAUAGCUUUUGGUCCGCUAUCCCGAUCAUGAUUUUCCUACCCCCAGAGGGAAAGGCCCUUCCCUUUUGGGCCGGUUGUGGGCGAGGAGGGAUUCGAACCCCCGACACCGUGGUUCGUAGCCACGUGCUCUAAUCCUCUGAGCUACAGGCCCCACUGCGUCUCCACUGGAUCUGUUCCCGGAAGUACCCUCAAAAAAAGGAACCUUUGCUCUCCUUCCAAAAUUUUUGGUAAUAACCUGGCCAAUCAUGUUUUUAAUGUCGGAUUGACCACGUUCUAAGGUUUGAUUAUGGAACCUAUGGAUAUCACCUUUCUGAACCACCUUGAUGUUUCACACGACAACUACACACUCAAAGUUCGCAUUAUCAAACUAUGGAGGCAACCUUCGUUUAAGGUCCCUGGGGAAACAUAUGCAAUCGAAAUGAUCCUUAUGGAUGAGGAGGGCAAUAAGAUCCAAGCAACUGUAAUGAACAAGUACUUCGUUAAGUUUGAAAAGCUGCUGGAAGAGAAUGUUUGUCUACUGAUCAAGAAACCCUCCUUAGGUGACAAUACGUCAUCAUACAAGUGUGUGGAUCAUCCACAUAAACUUUUUCUGAAUUUCGACUCUACAGUUAAAAAAUGCAAUGAUUUCGUGGGACCUAUACAUGGGUUCUCAUUCACUGCCUUUGAUCAGCUUCGUGGCAACCUCAUUCCUGACGAUUCAACUGUUGUAUUUGGUUUAGAUCUCAUUGGCUAUGUUCAUACCUAUUUUGAGAUUGAAGAAUUCAAACGGAAAAAUGGCAAACUAUCUAAAAAGAUGAACCUUCAGUUACAUGAUUUAGAGCGAGUCACUUUUUAAAUUCCAUAUUCUUUUUUAUUAUAUAUUGUUAUGUUAUGCACUAUUUAAGUUAUCAAAUUUUUCUAGAGCCCGUAACAUUUUUGUUACCUUAUUCGAUUCCUAUGCUGAAAAAAUGUGGAAUUACCUUUCUAAGAAGGAGGAUGGUGUUCUUGCUGUUAUUAUCUUGCAGUUUGGAAGAUAUAAGUUUUUGAGAGGUCGUGCUUAUGUCUCAACGUUUUACAGCGCUAGCAGUCUUUACAUUGAUGAUGACAUCGACGAGAUUACGGUUUUCAAGAAAAAUUUUAUCAACAGCUUGCUUGCCAAAGAGGGUGAUGAAACUGCUUCAAGCCAUCGUGUAACUUCUUCGCUAAUGCUUCCCAAUUGGCGCGAUGAUUUCUUGACGAAAACGGUUUAUCAUACUAUGGCAGAAGUCAAUGAAAUUGAUCAGGUCACGACUGUUAUUGUUGUUGGUACAAUCAAGUGCAUUACGCAGGGUAUUGAGUGGUUAUAUAAUGCUUGCAAGAAGUGCAACAAGAAGGUUAUAACAAAGCACAUUGCAAGUGAAAUACCUGAUGGGUCUGAUCAGUUUGAGGAAAAACAAAUACUUGAAUGCACCAAUCAGAGUUGCAAUGAACAAGUUGUUUUUGCUAUCCCAAGGUUCAAAAUCCCUUUAAGGGUACAAGAUAAAACUGGAGUUUUGUCUUUGACUUUGUUUGACCGUGAUGCCCAGAAAAUUUUUAAGAAGUCUGCUAAGGAGUUGGUUGAUAAAAUUUUAGAUGGGGAAACUAACAUCUUUCCAAAUGAGUUCAAAGAUUUGGUUGACAAAAAGUUUGCCUUCACGAUCGAUAUAGCCAACUUCAAUUUGAAAAACAAUUACAAGUUUUUUACAGUGAUCAAACUAACUGUGAUCCAGCCAUAAUAUCAGAUCUCGAAAAGAAAUCCAAAGUUGAGCAGCCUUCCAGCUUAGAGUCAUUUGAUGUUCAUUGCACUGAUUCUCAGUCCCAAGACAUGGUUAAUAUCAAGGAUUCAAUAUCCGGUACCGGUGAGAAUGAAACGCCUUUAUCAGUUUUGGACAUAAGCACCCGAAGGACUUUACUGCAAAAUGAAAACACAAAAAAGACAAACAUCUAUGGCGAAUUGAAGCGUAACUUGGUUGAGGUGUACGACCUUGACGAAUCCCCCGGUCGAUCAGCAACUAAACCCCGUCAAGAUCCUACUGAAGGUCUGAAAGGAGAUUCCGAGCCAACUCUCUUGGUUCCAAAGAUCGAAAAAUAAUUAUGUCUCCCAAUUUUGAAGUUUUAAAUUUGGUGGUUUUUUAAGUUAUCAUCGUAUUUGUGUUUUCAAAGUUCUCGGAUUUUAGUUGUUAAUGUUGUUGACUAUUUGGAUUCUAAGUUUGUUUUUAAUGAA